AUGCUCCCAAUUGCCGAACAGCUCCGACAGCCGAACGACUGCAGCUACCCCACAGGUGGGGCGGCGUCAGGUAUUGGAAAAGCUACCGCGCUUCUUUUGGCCUCCAGAGGAGCAAACCUCGCUCUCGCAGAUGUCCGCCAAGACGCCUUGAAUGAAGCUAUAAAUGAGAUUCAGACUGAACAUCCGUCAACAAAACUUGUCUCAAGCGUGGUCGAUGUUGCUAAGUCUGACGAAGUAGCCAAUUGGCUUGAUAAGGCCGUCAAGCAAUUGGGAAAAUUUGAUGGAGCUGCUAAUUUGGCUGGGAUCACAGGGUCACAGGGAAUCAAGACCAUUGCGCAAUUAGAUGAUCAGGAGUGGGAUGCCGUGAUGGAUGUGAACCUUCGGGGAACCUUCAAUUGCCUAAGAGCCGAAAUAGGAAGAAUGAAUGACAAUGGUAGCAUUGUCAAUGCUUCUAGCAUCGCCGGUUUAAGAGGCAGUAAAGCAUUUGCACCGUACGUUACAAGCAAACACGCAGUCAUCGGUCUGACCCGUGUAGCCGCGAAGGAGGUUUGCGAGAGGGGUAUUAAAGUCAACGCAAUUGCUCCGUAA